AUGAGCAAUACUUCUAAAUUAAAGCCUAAUAAUCACUUGUUAGCUUAUGAAGCUGCAGAGGCAAAAUGCAAAGAAAAAUAUCCCAAAAUUGAAGUAUUAAUACCUCAAUAUCUAGGAAUGUAUGGAUAUUUCCAAUACAAAUGUUGAUAUGAAACUAUGCAAAUAAAUGCUAGAAAGAUUUUCAGAAUGCUUCAAUGUUCAUAAACCAGUUGCAUAUAUGUAAUUAGGAAAACAUAGAGAAUGA